CCUCUCUUCUCUUUCUCUUUGCUUUCUUCUUCUCUCUACAUAAAAAACUCCUUUUUUUUUUGUUUCUCUUUCUCUCACGACCCUUUUAGUUACGACGACGUUUUAAUCCAAAACGCAAACCUCUGGAUUCGCGUCACCACCGUUGGAGCUCCCCGGCUUCAUUAAUGUCCUUCAUCAAGACCUGAAGACAAGAAAGAAAGAGAGAGUAUAUACGUAGGUACAGACUAGAGAGAAACCAAGAUCCUCGUUUAUGUGUUUCAUCGUGUUUUGUGCAUUGGUUUAGAAACCAAAAAGUGGUGACCAAAGCUUUAGAACCAAACAACUUUCAGAGUUUGUCAACUUCUUGUUGGUUAUUAUUGCAAAUGCUGAGUCUCUUCUCUCUCUGAAUGGAAUACUCUAGAGACUCGGCAGGGAUGAUGAUGGAGAACAAGCGCAAUGUAUGCUCUCUUGAAGAAAACAGCAUCAAACGACACAAGUCCGAUCUCUCUUUCUCUUCCAAGGAGAGGAAGGACAAGUUGGGAGAACGUAUUACAGCUCUUCAGCAACUAGUUUCCCCUUAUGGAAAGACCGACACUGCAUCAGUUCUUCUAGAGGGAAUGCAAUACAUUCAGUUUCUUCAAGAACAAGUCAAGGUUCUAAGCGCUCCAUAUCUGCAAGCAACACCCACUAAUACGCAGGAGGAGCAGGAAGAGUACAGCCUAAGAAGCAGAGGGUUAUGUCUUGUUCCAUUGGAGUAUACAUCAGGGGUUGCUCAAACCAAUGGUGCUGAUAUAUGGGCUCCUGUGAAGAAGACUCCAACAUCUUCAACUCAUGCUUUCAAUCUCUCGUCUUCUAAUUCACCCUUCCGAUGAUUUCUGAUAACAUAUAUUGAUAUAUGGAGAGAGACCUAUGAAGUGGGCUCAUUGUCACUGAUAACUGUUUCUUCUGUUACUGUAGUCCCCAACUCUGUGGUGGUUUCCCAUUUACUUGGACUUGCAUAAUUUUGUCUACAUUGGUAACCAUUGAUUCUAAUGCAAAAAAAAUUUAACUUC